CCUCCGUUGGUGUGAUAAGUAGAAGGAGGUAGAAGGAUAUGAUAGGACCUCUCCCCCAACCCACAGGCCGUCCUCUCCGCGAUCAUUAGCGGCACUCUGUUUGCGCCAUUGCACGACGUACGCACUUAUGCCUAUUCCUGACAAAAGGCUAUAUCCCCCGUGUCAGUUCGUUGAACCAUUCAUCCAUGUUGGAAAACCUUGGCAAACAAGGUAAUUAUGACGGCGGGGGGCUGGCAGUCGGAGUUUCAAAUCCGAGCUUAAUUGGACGACCGGCACAUCUUCCCUUUCAGUCAUGCAAAAGUUUUACUGUGGCAUCUAUGAUCCCGCCCUGUCCAAACAGUAUAUGCCCGUCGUCAGCAUCAAGUUAUCGAUGAAAUCAAAGGCACCUCAGACUGACGAUGCUAUCGAAGCCGUCUUUGUGCGAGUCAAAGACUCACAAAAGUUCAAGCGGGUUGGCACAUGGGACCAGGAUAGCAUCAAACUCUGGAAAUUGAAUGAACCCAUGACCGUCCCUGAUUGGGAGAAUAACCGUAACCCGCUCGUUGGCGCUAUCGAGAACCAUGCAACCUAUUUAUCAACGUCAACCAAGCUUUCUAUGUCAAGCGUUACCGAUGAUAAUGUCGAUUUACUCGAUUUCGUCGUCGUUCUUGAGUCGCCAGAAUCCGAAGAGAUGCUAGAUCCAGUUCAUGAUCUAAUGCCUCGUAACUUUCAAGAGACGCUUUCCGAGGUUCUCAGAGGACCAACGCCUUCCCAGCAGGCCAAGUCGACGGGGUACAAAGAUCACCAAAGCAAACAAAGACCAAUAUUUGAUGGCCGUUACGACGUUGACCAUCCUCAGAAUACUGAAGGUUUACCCAUUGCUCUCUAUCAUCCUGUCUUUUCCCAAUUCAGGACGGAGUUCGCCAAUGUGGAUCUCCCGGUGCCUCAAGACGUCUCACGUGCCACCAUGAAGGUCGUUGAGGUAUCCUCGGCUAUUUAUACAGGCUCCAGGAAGGGAGACAAGCGUCGAAGGGAAAACCUUGUUCCUCACCUCUCAGCCGCCAUCGGCCACUCCCUCGAGCAUAUCGUCAAUAUCGAUGGUACUGAACCUGAUGGUACCAUUGUACAUCGACCCGUGCACGCAGAAGGAGAGAGCGUGGCCCUUUCGCUGAGUGAGAUCAAGGAUGAGAUUGGGACUGGAGGGUCCGACCCCUCCAUUCAGGGUGGUCUGUCUGUCCGCCACUUUUGGGCGCAAAAAAAUCGCGCCAAUUACAGAAAUGCAGCCUGCUGCCCUACUCCUGUCCUCGCAGUUGCAGGUCCUUGGAUAGGUGUCUUGGGCGCCGUCUUUACCGACAAGUUGAUUAUCGAACCAUUGACGGAUCUCAUUAGGGUCGUCGAUCUUCAUCUGAACAGCCCUCAUUACCGACGCAUAGCCCGGCUCUUUCACGUCUUCGGCAACUGUCUUACCUCGUUGGCAAACUACUGGGAUACACUCGUCAUACCUACUAUACCUGUAACCUCGAUGGAGCACCCUCGCUACUACCCUCAUGUCAAGGGCUAUACCUCGAACAACUCGACUACCUCUUCGAUAUCUCCGCCCAAUAGAUCCACAAGAUACCCUCUGUCACAUCGAAUUCUCGCUAAUGCUGAUUUAGCCCCAAAGCUCCUCUAUCACGGUCCUAUUGAUUCUUCCGCCGAUGCACCUUCAUAUGGCAGUCUUUGCAUGGUGGUGAUGGAAGGGGUGGAAGGUACUAACGCGUUUGUCCGAUAUCAAGGUCGAAAGGCACCAGAAUCGUUUGUCACAUCGGUACGCGAGGCUAUCCUUAAACUGCAUGAGCACGACUUUGUAUUUGGUGACUUGCGGCGGCAGAAUAUCAUGCUCACGCGAGAUGAUAAAGUCAAGUUGAUUGAUUUUGAUUGGGCUGGGAAGGAUGGUGAAGCAGAGUACCCGAUGCGGCCGUCUGAAAAAAUACGGUGGGCACCGGGGGUAGGGGCGAUGGAGAAAUUGCACAAGGCUCAUGAUAUGUUUAUGAUUGACAAACUGUUCUAUGAAGGGUAG